AUGCUUAUGUUCGAGUACGCGUCACGAUUGGUAUAUUUUCUGCUUGGACAGCCGCCUCCUUGCGUGCCCGUCUGCCCUGCGACUGCCGUCAUCCUCCGGUCGUACCUCGCACCCACGCGCCUUCCUGCUACCGUCUCCGACUCGGAUCUCGCGCAUCUUCUCUGCGUGCUGCACAACCAAGCGCAGGCGCUGGACAUCAUCGACAACAAUGGUGACUUUCGGUACGUUCAGCGACUGCACAACGCGUGCAUGCCCAACGUUCAAGUCGCCGCCGACGGUACGAUGCUCCGCCACGGCGAUCAAGUCUUCGCACCGAGAUGGACGCGUAAAUCCUAG